AUGGCACCACUUUCGGAGAGAUAUGGACGAGUACCGGUGAUGAGAUCUGGAUGGAUGCUGUUCAUCAUCCUCAACGCCGCGUGCGGCUUUGCGACCAGCCAAGCCCAGCUCUUUGCCCUCCGCCUCCUUGCUGGGCUCGCUGUCGCCGGGCCGAUCUGUCUGAGUCAAGUGAUCCUUGCCGAGAUGUGGGGCAGACAGUCUAGAGGUACCCCCUGUUGCUUGAACGCGCUUGUCGUCGUCGUCGGCCCGUCUAUUGGUAACGUCUUGGAUAUUGGUAAUACUAUUCCUUCCAGAAAGGCCAAGCUGCCCGUUACCACAAAUGCCACUUUCCAGGUGUCUGAUAUCAGGUUGAGCGAGAUCACCAUGGUCAAUAAUCAUCAGCCACACAUCAUCGAUUCCGCCUCCAAAUCUGAUGAUCCCGAACCAACGCUCGAAAAAUCUACAAGGCCAUCAACUCCCGCCGAAGGAAGCUCUAAAAAUUUGGAUCAAUAUCGCAUGAUCUAUUCUUUGUUCUACAUCGUUCAGACCCGAAUCAUCUCGCUGUAUCACCACGACCUGAAUGAGUCGAUCCAUCUAAGCUGCCUGCACGUGUUGUCGAUGUCGCUUGGUGCAAUCUGUGCAAGCAAGCUCAGCACCCGGGGCCUGUCGGCGAUUUGUGACCGGCUCGGAAUCGUCUCAGAACGCUCGCGGGAUCAGCCGGAGUAUAAACUCCGGUGUAUGCUCCCAGGAAUAUUACUCCUCCCUCUUGGCACUUUUUGUUUUGGGCUGAUCACUAACCUCAAGAGCUCAUGGCUGUUACCAGAUCUUGGCCUCUUUUGUCUUGGUGCAGGUGUGAUCUUUGGAUUCCGGAAAGCUGGUUCUUACAUUAUCGAUACUUUUGGAGACCAGGCUGCGUCGGCUCUGGCUGCGAUGCAUCUGAUACGAAGAAUCGAAAGUUUUGUGAUCCCAUUGGUCAUCAACCUGACUAUCAAGAGCAGGAUAAGAAGACUGCCUGUCUUUGGAGACUAG